CGGUGGACAGAGCCAUCUUUUGCGGGAAACUCUUAUUACAGCACACCUGAGGACGCCCUGCCCGCGCCUGUGUCCCCUACCCACGCCUGCUGCACGCCUCCACCCCUGCAGGCUGAGGGCAGGGCGGCCAAAGGCAAGACCAGGAUGGGCCGUGGCGACAACCUAACCAUUCUGUACCCUCCGGGGUGUCGGGAGGUGACGGAAGAUGUGGGUCCCGACGAGCUGAUCCGACGCCUCAAGACACUGGCACACACCUUGCAGUCUAUGGGGCAGGAUGAUGGGGCUUACCAGGAGUACAUUCCCCUCGCCAUGCAUAUAGCAGACGACUUCUUCUUGUCAUACCAAAGCCGUGAUGUCCAGCUGCUCAUCGCGUGUUGCAUCGCCGACGUGCUGAGAGUUUAUGCUCCUGAGGCACCCUACAAGGACCCAGCACAGGUCAAGACCAUCUUUAUGUUCCUGAUCAAGCAGCUGGGAGGCCUUAAGGACCCCAAGGACCCUGCCUUUAAGCGAUACUUCUACCUCCUAGAGAACCUGGCCUAUGUCAAGUCCUUCAACAUGUGCUUUGAGCUGGAGGACUGCCAGGAAAUUUUUUGCAAGCUGUUUAAACUCAUCUUUAAUAUUGUCAACGAUGAGCACAGCGGUAAAGUGAAAUCGUUUAUGCUUGACGUGCUGUGUCCACUAAUCAAUGAGAGCGACGUGGUGUCCAACGACCUCCUGGACAUCAUCCUUGCCAAUGUGGUGGAGCCGUCCAAGUCACAGAGGAGGAAUGCAUACCAGAUUGCCAAGGAACUCAUCAUCAAGUGCUCGGAUACACUUGAGCCAUACAUUCAGGCUUUCUUCAACAAUGUGCUGAUCCUGGGUCGUGAGGAGAAGAGUCUGGUCAUCUCCAAGAAAGUUUAUGACCUUAUUUAUGAGUUGAAUCACAUCUGCCCUUCAGUUCUGCUGGCUGUGCUUCCCCAGCUGGAGUACAAACUGAAGAGUGCCGACCAGGAGGAGAGGUACAGUUCAGUCUCCCUGCUGGCUCGUAUGUUCUCUGAGAAGGACUCCACUGUUGCUCUCAACCACACAGCUCUCUGGGAAGCCUUUCUGGGCAGGUUCAAUGACAUCAACAUCAAGAUCAGAACCAAGUGUGUGCAGUACUCAAUGCAUUUCCUGCUCAACCACCCACUGCUAAGGAAGGACAUUACCGAGACACUGAAGCUGCGCCAACACGACUCAGAGGAGAGUGUCAGAUAUGAGGUUGUGAUGGCUAUUGUCUCAACGGCCAAGAGGGAUUUGAGCAUCGUGGCUGACAGUGAGGACCUCCUGGACUUUGUGAAGGAGAGGACACUGGACAAGAAGUUCAAGAUCCGAAAGGAAGCAAUGUGUGGCCUGGCAAUGAUAUACAAGAAACACUUAAAUAAUCCGGAUGUGCCGCCAGCAACACGCCACGCCGUCACCUGGAUCAAGGAUAAGAUUCUGCACGGCUACUAUAUGACCAGCAUGGAUGACAGACUACUAGUGGAGCGCCUUCUGAACACCUGCCUAGUACCUUACCAGCUGCCACCAGAGGACCGAAUGAAGAAGCUGUUUUACCUCUUUGCCACCAUCGACGAGAACGCCACCAAGGCUUUUAUCGAGCUUCAGAAACACCAGUUGGCAGUGCGUCGCCAUGUGGCCGAGCUUAUCGAGCUUCACAGACGGCCACAGGAUGAGGAGAGAGACAAGGAGGUUGGCGUGAGACUGAACCAGCUCAACAAGUACCUGCCGGACCCUCUUAAAGUGAUUGAGUUCUUGAAGAAGUUCUCGCAGCAUCUCAGCACAGACUCGCAGCUUUUGUCCCUCAUGGAGACUAUUGUUAGCCCUGAUGUCUCCUGCAAGGAUAGUGUCGAUGCUGUGACUCAAAUCCUGAAGAAACUUGGGCAGCCGGUGAUGACUAACCUGUAUUACAACACAAUUAAAAUGAUGCUGGAGCGAGUGUCCUGCGUCAUGGUGGACCACGUAGCCAUUCGAGUGUUGCUGAGUCUGGUGGAGGGUGCACUGGAGGCAGACCCCACUGUGCUGGACUCCCUUAACCUCACUGCAGACAUUGCCACUGAGAAAGGCCUCAAGCUGCUCUUCGUGCUGUCCUUUGUGUACCCGGCCCACUUUCUUCACGAGGACAUCAUUGAGCGCCUCCACAACCUUCUAGAGCGCUCCAACACCAUCUCCCCGUCCGUUCUCUCUGUCAUCACGUACAUUGGGAAGUACAAGCCCAUUGGUGAGGUGUUCCCCAGCCUGGCAGCGGUGCUCAUUCCAAUUUGCCAGAAGUUUGCUGAACGUGGCACCCCCAAGCAGGCCAAGCAUGCCGUGCGCUGCCUACACACCAACUGUACUGCUGAAUCUGAGGACGUGUUUGAGAAAAUACUGGAGAAAAUUAAGGAGCAGCUGAGUUUCAACAGUCCACACUUCCGCACCUCCAUCGUGUCCCUAGGUCACAUAGCGUACCACAUGCCAGAGAAAUUUCUGGUACCUAUCAAGAACAUCGUCUCCAGAAAGGUGGUGCGAGAGCUGCUCAUGAGGAACCAGACAGCAGCACACACACCCGGCUCUGCUGUGAGAGAGGAGGCUGACGAGUGGGUGGAGGAAGAUGAACUAACAGAGGAGACAGUCGUGAAGAUGGAGGGCAUUAAGAUGAUGGCCCGAUGGCUCCUGGGGCUCAAAUCAGAUGUGAUUUCGGCACAGAAGACCUUCAGGAUGUUAAACCACUUCAUCAUCAGCAAUGGGGACCUGCUAAAGACCGGGAAGAUGCUGAAGAGUGAGAUGGCCCACCUUCGCCUUGCUGCCGGUGCUGCGAUGCUCAAGAUUUGUGAACAGAAGGGUGUUGGGGACCAGUUCACUUCAGAGCAGUUCUAUAACCUCUCCAGAUUGAUGUUUGAUGAAUGCCCACAGGUGAGGGAGAGGUUUGCCAUCAAGCUACACAAAGGCCUAGUAAGAGGCGUUCCUAAUAAAUGUUUGCCUCUAGACUUCAUGGGCUUCUAUGCACUGGCCGGGCAGGAACGGAACAGAAACCUGAAGAUUGCCGUCAAACAGUACAUGAUGACAGAUAUAAAUAAACGCAGAGAGUACAUUCGAGGCCUGUCCAUGAGUGUAGGAGGAGAGAAAGCGCAGAGCCAGAUCCCUCUCAUCAUGCCAGACUACAUGCUGGUGUUCGCUGUGCCCAUUCUGGCCAACCAGCCAAGCUUCAAGGAUGUCACGGACACCCCAGAGCUUCUCAACAUCCGCAACUGUCUGUGGUUCAUCCUGGAGCCUCUCAUGAACAAGAAUGAGACGUACUCCUUUGGGUUCUACAAGGCGCUCAUUGAACAGAUGAAGAACCACAAGGACGCCAUUAGACCUGAGGAUGAACUUAGCAAUCAGAAACUGUGGGCGGUGUGUGACCUCGCCAUGGGCCUCAUCUUGUCACGAACCAAGAGCUUUGAGAUGAAGGAGUUCCCCUCAGAGCCCAGGAUUCCCCCUAUGUACUUUAAGAAACAUGAAGAUCCUAACUUUGUCAACGUCAAGUCAUACCUUCCUGCGGAGCUUCAAGUGACGGCACCCAAGGGCUCCACCAAACUAUUGACGGGUGUGAAGAAGGUUACUCACACUCCCGUCAAUGCUGCUGUCAACCUUAACCUCAAGUCUCCUGUGGGCGGCAAGCAGAGGAACGACAGUAGAUCAGAGGAUGUGACCACAGGUAGCAGUAUAGACCUACCUGUGAUGAAGGGAGUCAAGCCUGAAGACACCCUGAUGGACGAGGAUGAAUCGAGCACCACCUUGGCCGGGGCACGUAAGAGAGGCCGCAGCACAUACACCCUCGGCGACGACCUAGAGGACCAGGAGGAUAGCACUACCUUGUCCAAUGUGAUCCCUGCCACCCCCUCCACAGCUCCGGCCACCAAGAAGGGGCGCUACGGGGCUGCCAUCGACGGCCCCACCACUAGGAUAUCAAGCUACCUACAAGAAGAGACUAAUGGAAAGACGAGUAGCCAAGACAGGGGAGAAUUGACAAGAGAAUCUUCAUCAGAAAAGCAAAGAAAGGACUGUAGUUCUGAAUAGAGUUACACAGAUAGGACCAAGACCACAUCCUCUUGUGUUGGAGGGCGGGGUGCCUCCCCUCGCUCCCCCCGCCACAUAGUAUCCAUACCAAAGUUUAGGUCUAUUAUCCAUGCCAGGGUUGAUGAGGGAUGUUCUGUGCUGGUCAGUCUUUGCGGGAGGGUCUGGAGGGUUGGCAGAGAGGCUGUCCUUUGCCGGGAUUCACUGAGUCACCAACAACAUAUUUUCACUGAUUGUACAUUUUUUAUUCCGACGUGUGUCUGGGCGGUUGAGAAGGUCCAGCCUCGUGUCUCCUGCGGGUGGAGUUGUGUUGUCGCGGCCCAGGUGUUGUGCAGGCCAAGUUUUCCCAUAUCAUUGAGGGUCAUGAACUAUUGCCUUUUUGUCUCACUGAGUAACAGUGGCUAAGUUACAUUGGAAUACACUGAAGUGUCUUUGAUAGACAGUGGCAGCUCCUUUUGUGUCUUGCAAGUCAUUAUUAUUUAUUCUCCACACAGAGACACCUGAUUUCUGGCAUUAUUCCAAAGCCUUGCUUGUCAGUACACCACAAGGAAUAGUCUCCAGAAUUGCAAGGAUGCUGACCUUGUUUUCUCAGGUACUCCAGUAACCACUAUCUUGUGUGGCACGUGCCCGUGUGUGCUCGGGGAGGGAAAGGACGCGACAGAAGACACUUUGUUCACAAAUCCUAGAUGUGAGUGUUGAGGCUUUCUUGCCACCCAGCCCAGAGCUUUGCCUAAGCUAUCCCUAGAUUAGCUCCACUCAGUGUUGUGCAGUUGUCUUAUUUUUAUAUAAUUGAGCAAGUCAGUGAGAGCAAAGCAGCCCAGAGCAGCGCACUGGACAGCGGGAAGCGACCCUGGGCCACACCGUGGCACACACGUGGGAGUGACUGGUGCUGGCGGGGCAUUCAGUGUUGUGGUGGUGACGGCAAGGCCUCGGCGCCGCCCCUGCACCGUGCCACGCAAGGAGCCAAGCGCCGGCAUCUGCACCACCCUGGAAACUGAAGUGAUGAGAAACAAAGUGAUGAAAUGUAUUACAGGACAAAACAAAACAAAGUGAAGAAAUAUUAUACCAGAUAAAAGAAAAUGAAGUGAAAAGAUAUUUUACAGUGGAAAAAAGAGGAACAAUUUACUUGAGAUGGACAACAAGUGAUUCAGUGAUGUUGAGAACCUUUUAUUUAUUGACUUUUCUUCUUGCUCCGUGGGUGGGAGAGUCUGAAUGAAGGAGAUAAAACAGAUGUUCAUGAA